CGAACGUGUUUGACUUAUCGUUUUUACAUUCAAGAAUCGUGAUUUUAAGAAUUCUCUAUGAUUUCAUGCUCUUCAUUGGUACAAAGAUGAAAAUGAAUUUUUUUGAAAAAUUGUUUUGCCCACUCGAACAAUCGCUCGGGAGAUGUUAAUAAUAAAUCCGUAUCUUUUUGCAAACUUGUAAAAUACGCGUGUCUUUUGACGGUACCUCCUAUUCCAUCACAAGCACCUUUGCCGUGGGACGUAGCAAAAAAGUGCCACUCUGCAUCGAUUCCGAAAUGAAGGGGAAGAAAUGGAUUUAUUUAAAAACUAUCCGAAGGGAAGUAAGGCAAGGAGACAGGCUUGUGGCGACUCGCCCAAACCAAGAAGCGACAAGACACCCCUUUGCCCGCAAAUGGACGAACCCGGGCCAAAGGUCGAGUGUCACAGCAUCUGGCAAGAUGUGGCUGAGCCGGGAAGAAGGGACGCUUCGGUCAGUCUUACCUACGCCGACUUACACGCCACUCGUCGCAAUUUGUAGUCUUGAUAUUGUAUACAUUUUUGCUGUUAAGUUGUUGAGUUGUUAAGUUGUUACAAAUAAAUUCACAUAAUUAAGCUGGGAUUUCUAUCGCAACCAUCCCACAGGCUUUUGCCAUGUUAAGAAAUAAUACAAACUUUAAUUUAUACAUAAGUGGAGUUGUGAGACCAAACAGACAACUUGUAAAAGCGAAAGUUGAAGAUCCGACGUAUUAUCCUUGUGCCUAUUGCAAGAGAAUAUUUAUAAAGGGGUAUUUAAAGCGACAUGUAAGCAACAUGCUCUCAAAGGGAUACAAACCAAAAUGGACCAAAAAUUAAUGCACUUUCACAUUCUCAAACAAUAAUGGCAUGCGCAAUGGACCCAACUCAAGUUAUAGCCAAAUUAAAUGUUAAAAAACAGGUAUUCGAAAACAGAUCUGCUUAUUGCAAACUUUGGCGAAUCCUACAUGAAGAAGCAUAAGAGAGAACGCAUGGUGUAUGCUUGUAGUAACAGAAUGGGUGAACUCUCGAGAUUGUUAAUAAACUUUCGACAAAUUAAAAAUGAUAAAAAGAUUACUUUUACGGAAAUACUUCACCCUAAAAAGUUUGACGACGUACUGUUUGCGACAAGAAAAAUAGUCGGUUAUGAUCAUGAAAAAAAAAACAUUUGCAAUGCCAAGUCUAGCUAUGCAUUUAGGCACUUCCUUAAAAAAUGGCAUCUUUGGAAUAAGGAACUGCAAGAAAAACGGUGGAACAAACCUUUACUUUUGGCUUUAGUAAGUGAUAUAAAAAAAUUCAGAGAUGAAGUUACUAGGAUCGCCGAAGGAGCUUUAAGCAAAUUAUCUUUGAACAGUAAAGAUAAGCAAGCUUUUAAAUUACUGAAUAAAUGUGUAUUGUCAAUAUUAAUUUUGUUUAAUCGGCGUAGAAUUGGUGAUGUUCAGUACUUAAAAAUUGACGAUUAUAAAGCAAACAAAACUACCAAUUAUACAUAUAAUAUACAUAUAUAUACAGACUUUGAGAAUGCUUUAACAGAAACGGAGAAAGCGCUUACAAAGAAAUACAAAAGGGUAUUGAAUAGUGGUAAGGGUUCUAGGAGUGUGGUCAUUUUAGUACCAGAAGAGCUUGGAAAAAUGGUUGAUGCAUUACUAGAACACCGGAUAACACAUUGUGGAUAA